AAUCUAAAGAUACAAAAAAAACUAGAGAUAAAAAAGCGUAUUUCGCUUAUAUUCUUUUCACUUUUCAUGUGACUUCUCUCUUUCAACCGUUUCCUUUUUCUCUGUCUCUCUCUCUCUCUCUCUCUCUGAUCAUGGCUUCUUCUGCAUCACCUGGAGUGAAAUUUGUGCCGCAAGAGGAUAACUUCUUGCAGAGACAUGUUGCCUUCUUUGACCGGAACAAAGAUGGCAUCGUUUAUCCCUCGGAGACAUAUCAAGGAUUUAGAGCAAUCGGAUGUGGAUAUCUCUUGUCGGCAUUUGCUUCUCUGUUCAUCAACAUGGGUCUAAGCAGCAAAACUCGCCCGGGUAAAGGUUUCUCCUUCUCAUUUCCCAUAGAGGUUAAGAAUAUACACCUUGCCAAACAUGGCAGCGAUUCAGGCGUUUACGAUAAGGAUGGAAGGUUUGUGGCAUCGAAGUUCGAGGAGAUAUUCGCGAAGCAUUCAAAAACACAUCCCGAUGCUUUGACGGGGGAGGAACUCAAACAACUCCUCAACGCAAACAAAGAGCCUAAUGAUCGCAAAGGAGCUAUUGCUGGAUAUACAGAGUGGAAUAUGUUGCAUUAUUUGUGUAAAGACAAGAACGGUCUGUUGCACAAAGAGACGGUGAGAGCUGCGUACGAUGGUUCUCUUUUCGAACAACUCGAGAGACAAACAGCUUCUAAGAAGCAUCCAUAAACACCCGCUUCAAACAAACUCUUAUUUGCUUGUGAAUCUGUUUAUUUAUUCAAACUUUCAGUACAUUAAUGUUAUCGUGGACAAUGGCGUGAAGAUUGCAAUGCGUUUAGUUUUUCUUUUAUUUGAUUAAUUGUGUAUGUACUUGUAUCUUUUGGGGCAAUUUAUUCAAAUUGAAGGCAAA